AUGGCUAGAAGAGGUCGCAGAUCUCAGAACAGAGCUUUGGAUGCUCUGCAGAUUGCAGAGCAGGAGACCAACGGAAUUGAUGGUGAUGACAGUGGAUCAGAAGCGGAAAAUCAGAAGUUUAAGUCCGGUGUUUUGACUGUGGAUGGGAAAGAGUUCGAGGACGAGGAACUGGACUCUGACGAGGCGCUGGAUUCCGACGACGACUAUGACGUUCUGAACUCCAAGUUCUCUCAAACUGUGCGGGACAAGGGCGAAGAAGAUACCGGUUACGACAGUAUAGACGAAAGCGAGCUGAUUCCUUUGUCUGAGGUUUGGGCCAGAGACGACGCCGAUGCGCAAAAGAACGGAGGAUCCGAGCUUGUUCUUGACGAUGAUAUUGUUUCUGACGAGAGUGAAAGUGAGUCUGAGGAUGAAGAGGACAGCGAAGAUGUUUUUGAUGAGGUUGAUGACGAAAAUGACGAGCUUUCCACAGUGAUGAGCCAGCUGCGCAGUAAAGACGCUGCUAAGUCGCACAAAGUUUUAAUCAACGACAAGAGUGAAGAGAAUUCUUAUAGAGUGCCGACUUCUGGACAGAAAUUGAGUAUUGCCGAGAUGAUGGGCGAUAUCGAGACCGAGCAGCCGCUGCUACUUGAAAAGGGAACCUCGCAACCGCUUGCUGUUCCGCUCCCGCAAAGCAUCCAAAAGAAACACGAGAGACGGGCUGCCUACGAUAUUCAAAAGGAGGAGGUUGAGAAAUGGACAGACAGUAUUCAAGCCAACCGGCGUGCUGAGGUGCUCAAGUUCCCUGCUAAGGACAGUGUGAAGCAUAAUGAUCCGUCGUCUUUCCAGCCUGCCGAUGUUCCAUUGACCGACUUGGAUUCGAAACUCGAUGGAUUACUUGAACAUUCGAAUAUUGAGAGCAAGAAGUCUGAGGAUCUGUUCGAAGAGAUUGAGACCGCCAAAAUGACUAAAGAGGAGCUCGCUAAAAGAACCAAUGAGCUCCGUUUGAUGAGAGAACUGAUGUACAGAGGACAGAAGGACGCCAAGAGACUUAAGAAGAUCAAGUCCAAGACUUACAGACAGAAGCUCAGGAAGGAGAGACAGCGCAACAAGGACCUUGUUGAGGGGUCCGACGAGGACGAGGAAGACUUAGACUACAAGCGGGCCGCAGAAAGAAUGAGUCUCAAGCACAAGAACAACUCCGAGUGGGCCAAGACAAUGAUCAAGAGCGGACUUUCCAAGGAUAAAGAGACUAGAGACGAGAUAGAGGAGAUGCUCCGUCAGGGCGAGAAGUUGCGUCAGAAACAGCUUGGACGCGACCAGGAAGACGAUUCUGACGACCGUGGUGUUUCCGACAUCGAUGUGGAGGAGGCAGAACCAUCUGAAGCCGAAGAGAAGCUGCGGUCGAAGCUUGGUAAAGGUUUAAUGGCCAUGGACUUUAUGAAAAGAGCAGAGGAGCAGGAGCGCAGAGAAAACCAACGGCUUGCUGACGAGUUGCGCUACGGUGUCGAAAGUGACGAUGAGCAGGUUGCCAAUGUGGUCAAGAACGCCGGAAGAAGAGUGUACACUCCAGGAGCCGCUGCUGCUGCUGAGGAGUGGCAGACCGUGAAGAGACGGGCCGAGCAAGAGGCCAACGACGAUAACGAAAAGAGUCUUGAGAACCGGAUGCAAAAACCCAAAAAGCAAAAGACCAAGACCCAGGCCGAGGAGAACCCUUGGUUGGUUAGCGAUGAUACACGCAAGGGAGGGAAGGUUCGCGUUAUUGACGAAAAAUCGUCCAAAAUAGAUAAGAACGCCGCUAAGUUGAAGAAGAGAGCUCGCGCAGAAGAAGUUGAGGAAGUCAAGAUUUCUCUGGGAGAUACACUGGACGACGAGUACGAAGGAGAGGGUGACAAGGAGGAAGAUGUCCAUGUGUUCAAACAGAAAGACCUGAUCGAACAGGCGUUUGCCGGUGACGAUGUGGUGGCCGAGUUUGAGCAAGAGAAGCACGAAGUCGAGGAGCUCGAAGGGGACAAAGAGAUUGAUGUUGGUCUUCCUGGUUGGGGCGACUGGGCCGGUGGUAGCCAGAAGAAAAAGAAGAAGAUUAUCAAGAAGGUGAAUGGUGUGGCUCCAAUAGAAAAGAGAAAGGACAAGAACAAGCGUGGGGUGAUCAUCAAUGAGCGUGUCAACAAGAAGAAUGCUAAAUACCAGGCCGGAGCUGUUCCAUAUCCGUUUGAAACCAUGGAGCAGUACGAGCGGUCUCUGAGACAACCGAUUGGGCAAGAGUGGACCAGCCGCGAUACUCACCAGCGGCUCACCAUGCCAAAGGUGAUUGCUAAACACGGCAGUGUCAUUGCUCCCAUGAAGAAGCACUAA